AUGGAAAGGGUCACGGCGACAGAUGUAGUGAAGAGCUUGGAGAGCAUCUUGGCCUAUGCUGGUCAGCUUUCUCGCGUUUUCCAUAGACAUCGACUCGUCCUGGAGAUUGAGUCCGUUGUACCAUACCAGAUUGAAGAGCAUAUUGGUCUCGUCAACUCUACCAUUGGCACGCUGAACGAAGUACUGGGCGUGCUUCUGCGAAACGACGCUGGCACCAACCAAAAUCGACUCUUUAGCGAAGAGGGGCUUAGACAUGUGAGUUUCCUGGAAGGAGAAUGCGCUACCAUCUUAGCCAAGAUUGCUCCUACUGUUGCGAAAGCGGGCCUGAAGAGAGAACGAAAGAAGAAGCGCAAGAAUGCGAAGAAAUCAAAAGCGGAGAUCAUUGCACCUGUGGUGCCAAUGCAAUUAAAGCUUGACGAGGAAAAGUUCUUGAACGACCUUGAAAACGCAAUAUGGUAUCGCGCAAACGAUGAUAUAUGUGCCUACAUGGGGCGACUUAAGGAGGUUCAGUUACAUCUUCUCUUGGUAUACCAAGUUGUUACCGUUGGCUCGCUUUCCAGAGAUUUAUCUUCUGGAAAAAUUGAUAUUCAAAAGAUCGUCAGCUACCAUGAGCGAAUCAAUCGCACAGCUGAUCUCAUUCGUAUCUCUCCAUCAAGUCGACGUCGCGGAUUUCAUUCGCGUAGUAGCUCUGUAUACACGCUCAGCGAGUCGGAUGGCGAUAGUGACGAUAGUUCGAUUAUCUCGAGGAGAAGACGUCCUCCGCCUCCACCUAUACAUGUGCUUAGAAAUGGUCCUCCACCUCCACCUGCAUUUAGAGGUGGUCUUCCACCAACCAGCUGUAUGGGUACCGCUCCACCGCCUCCUCUUCAGGCAAAUUCGGCAAGGCCGUUGGGACCCCCAUUGUCUACAUUUGCCCCGAGAGUUGUUAAUCUGACCACCCCAAAUGUCAAUCCUCCCUCAUACGAUAGCCAUACGGGCCUCGAUACACCACCAUUGAAGCAAACGUCCCCCUUGCCAAAUCCUUUGAGCUCGCCACAUAUCUUCCCGGAUGAGAAAUGUCAAGACAAUAUGACAAAUCGUGAAAUUAAGGUCGAGAAACAGCAGAUUGCGAAGAAACCGCACGAGUCCUCGGCACAAGAAGGUCGCCUCUUCAAUUCUUCGCACACCCGACUUAGCUUCAAGAUCAAAAGUCUUUUUCGAAGUAAAGAUUCUCUUGCUGCCGAGAUGAAAAAAGUAUUGGAAAACACGUCAAGCGUGCUCGAAGCAUUCCUUAUUCAAAACGUUGACAUCAGACCAAUUCCUCACUCCGCUUUCCACAGUCUCGAAGCUACGCACAUGCGAACAAUUUUGAGCCAAUUGAAUAACAAUAGUUGGUUUGAAACAUACAGUAAGCUGACGAGAACUGAACACGAUGUCCUCGGUACUGCUAUUCAUCCUUUUGGGACCACAGACUUGCGUCGAGAGAUAGUGGCACUUAAGGUUUUGCCCGAAAAUCAAAACAAUGCGUGGAUGUGUUGUUUGGCUGGAAAGCUUCGCACUGCUAGUCUACCUCAGCAGUCAAAUGGCCGAGUAAUAUUGGCUAUUCUUCGGGAGCCAUUGGUCGAUGGAGAGAGGAAAGCAUGGGUAGCGAAUGGAACUAUGCCACCUCCAGACUGUGGGAGAGCACUCUAUCCUCCACCUCGAACUUUUAUUGGCGCCAGAGGAUCUUUACCACCUCCACCUCCACCGCCUCCACCACCCCCAAUGUUUCCAAAUAUUAAACCUCUUCCAAUUACAGCUCUGAAUGCUUUAAAUAGGCCUCGAUUUAUUGGCCCAGAUGGCCCACGUCCACCCGCAUUUAAUUCAUGCCCUCCUGGUACACAAGGACGCUACUUGCCUCCUGUUUUUCCGCCCAGAAACCCUCCGCCACCUCCACCUAUCCCUGGACAAACUUUCCACAUGAGUGAUCGCACCAUCUACACCGAUGCCGAAUCAUUCGUCGCCCUCACAACCUACAACGAAUACACACUUCGCCUCGCCGAGCCCGUCGAACCCAACCAGCCCCGCACCUGGUCUCGCAUCGUCAUAACUCACGAACCCAACGCACAAACCGACAUUCUUGCACACAUAAAUUCAUUCGUGCAGCGUGGCGGAUCCAUCAUCGACGCCAAGCUGCGCCUCACCGAUUUGCAAUCUGCCCACAUGACGCAAGUUAUGGAAGAGAUACUGCUCAAAGAAAGAGACUACAGAUUUGAAUGGUGCUGGGUCGAGCUCAGUCUUUACGAUAGCACGGGAGAAAUCAAUCACGGGAGUCGAGGCAAUGGUGCACAAAGUGCUACUAUUAUGCAUUUGAUUGCUAAACGAACGCUGAAGCGAGAAUAUAAACCUGCGGAUGUUUAUAAUGUGUUGAUGACGCGAGGUCCGCCGUUACCCCCUCUUCCUCCAAAUUUCUAUAAUACACUACCGCCCCGACCUGGUCCUCCGCAACCCAUGCCUUCGGGACCACCACCACCUCCUCCUCCUCCACCUCUAUCUCGUGCACCACCGCCUGCGUUCACUGAGUAUGGAAGACCACGAUCUGGACCAAGAGGUCAUGGGAGAAAUAGACGUGUGAGUAUGAGUGAUCUAGAUUCGUCGGGAUACUCGGGUAGCGAUAGUGAUUCCAGUUAUGAUAGUAGACGAGGGCGAGUGAGGAGACGACGUCGAAAUAAUGGACGUGUAAGACAGCGUUAUUAUGAUAGUGAGAGUUCGGAUGAUAGCGAGGAGGAGGAUGGCAUGAAGAUUCCGGUGGUUUGGAAGAGGGGUGAUGAUGUGGUUCAGAAGCUCUUGGAUCUUUGGACGCCGGGUGCGAAGAUUUUGGGAGGGAAGGAGAGAGAAUAG